AUGCCCGACGGGAAGGUGCGCCCACGACACGCUAGUGCCGAAGUAGGACAUAACAUGGCUGAGUUACCGUCUUUCGAACUACCAUUAUCUGAAUCUUGUCGCCUUCCUCCUAUCCCUCCAUGUGAUAUACCGCGACCCAAGGCUCAACCCACAUUUCCAGACAAGGGGAAGAUUAAAGGAAAAAAGAAGGCAGUCGUUACGGGUCCACGUCUCGCACGCACGGCUGCCGCCAAGAAUACCAUGUCACACAACAUAGCAGAUGACGAUGGUGGCCAAGCGGCUGGUCCAUAA